CGGCCGGGCGCAGCUGCUCGUCCGCCGCAGCCCGCAGGCCACUCCCGCUCCGCAGACAUGUUCGUACGGAAGGGUGGCGGCAUGUUCGGGAACCCCAAUUCGCUGCCGGGGCUGGGCAGCAAUGGCGGGGCGCCGCGCUUCCAGCAGCGAGCGCCGGCCAACAACUUCUACCAGCCGACCCCAGCGCCCGCCUUGCCUGUGCAGGACGUGGGCAGUGCUCGUCGAAUUGAUGCUCUCGAACAGCGCCUAAUGGCCGCUGAGCAAGCCAACCGGUCCCUUCUGGAUGAGCUCAUGCGAAUGCAGCAGGAUACCAAGGUCAACGUCAAGAAGAACGAGCACAGCCUGAUGGAGGAGCGCGACACACGCGGCCGGCUCGAGAUGGCCAUGCGCGCCACCCAGGGCAAGAUGGCCGAGCUGGACGACCGCCUGGGCCGCACAGAGGCGGCGCUGAAGGAGAGUCGCAACGCCAUCCAGUCGCUGGUGACGCACACCAAGAACGUGGAGCGCGCAGUCAUGACGAGCAGCGGCGAGACCAUGGAGCGGCGAGACCAGACCAUGGCCAGGCUACAGGAGCUGCGCCAUGAGGUCUCCGGCCUCAACCAGACCAAGGACUCGAUGGAUCGACUGACCCACUCGCUGCGGGAGGACGUGCGAGACCUACACAUGAAGGUGGAGACCCUCCAGGGUGACGUGCAGGCGGUGGACCACACGAUGAAGCUGCAGGGACGCCUCAUGGAGGAGGGCUCCAGGAAGAACAUGCGGGGCUCCGGCAGCGGCGGCAUGAACAACUCGGUCGCCAUGGCCCUGGAGGGAAAGGUGGUGAAGCUGCAACAGAACGUGAUGGAUGUCAAUUCGCGCCUGGUGCACGACGCCAAGAACCGGGACAUGGUGGACCAGCAGCAGAGCGAGAGGAUCAACGACCUGUGGUCCGAGCUGGGCGAGAUCAAGCGACGCCGCGAGGACGACCUGCGCGAGUUGGAGCUCAAGACUAAGGAGAUGGCGUCACUCUCCGACUCGGAGAAGAAGCGGCUCCAGAUGGCCAUCAGCAGUGUGCAGAGCGACCUGGAGCGCAAGCUCAAGGAACAGAACGACGAUGGCGGAGGGGACAAGAUGCGCGGCGAGACGGGAGAGCGCGUGAAGCAGUUGGAGACCUCGCUCCAGGAGGAGGUGACGGCGCGCACCACGCGCGAGAAGGCGCUGCGCGACGAGGUGGAGAAGAAGCUGGAGGAGAUCAAGGUGUACGGCGACGAGGGGCUCAACGGCAUCCGCAAGAUGACGGAGGCGGAGCACGACCAGACCCGGCAGCGGUUCAAGGAGCUGAACGACGGCCUCAACCUGCUGGAGAGCAGCUUCAACGAGGACAAGCUGGAGACGGAGAAGAAGCUGGCCAAGGAGGAGCAGGAGCGGGAGAACCUGGAGAAGGUGAUGGAUGCCAAGGUGGACGACAUCAGCGACCGCCUCCGCAUCGGCAUGGCUUCCCUGCAGUCGGCGCUGGGCGAGGCCAACAGCAAGGGAGGCCAGCCGGGCCCGCCGCCGGGGCUACCCAUAGAGGAGAUCGAGCGUCUCCAGAACAUGAACAACGAGGGCGUGCGGGAGCAGAUGGCCAAGUCGAUUGCGGACGUAGACACCAAGAUCGCGGAGCUCCGCACGCGCGUCGAACAGCAAGACGAGGUCAUCGAGAACAAGCUGAAGCAGGCGGAGCGGUCGGACGACAACGAGAGCAACAUGAUGGGCGACAAGCUGACGCAGAAGAUGGACUCGGUGAUGUUCGCCCAGGAGAGGAUGAAGCGCCAGGUGGACCAGCUGGAGGAUACUGUCAAGGAGUGUCCGCGCGAGAUCGCCGAGGUGAAGGAGCAGCUACAGGAGACGGAGUCGCGGCUGAACAAGAAGCUGGAGCAGGAGACGCGCGAGAGGACCGAGGACGUGGAGGACUUGCGGCGCGACCUCGGCCGCCUGAUGGGCUCAGAGGACAGCGGCGGGGGUACCAGUCUGGCUCGCGUGCAGCAAGACGUGGACGACACGCAAACGUCCGUCACCAAGCUCGCCGAGGCCGUGCAGAUCAUCAAAACCACGCUCGGCGAAAAGGUUAAGGAUGAGAAGAGAACGCGCGAGCAAGAGACGGAGGUGUUGAAGCGGGAUGUGGAGAGACUGGACGCCAAGACGAGGGAUCUCAAAGAGCGCAUCAAACACCCCAGAGAUUACAUCGACGACUACUAAGCUGAACUUGAGGCGAGGAGUGUGUGAAGGCCGGUCGGACCCGCUCCGGACGGAGCAGACGGCUGGCCUCAGUACGGGUCAGAAGG